AUGGGGGCUUACAUCGACUUGUUGUUAGCAGCUGGGGCCGGCUCAAAAGAGGGACCAGGAAAGCCAAAGAGAGGAAGAUGCGAGACCGUCUCUCCUUCAUCAGCUGAUACCGAGUACGACAAGCUGCCUGAUGCUGACUUAGCAAGAAAGGCCUUAAGACACAUCAAAAGAGUCUUAUCAUCUACUUUGGAAGAUGAGCCAGGGGUGGUGAAAUUUCUAAAAAUGAAUUGUCGCUACUUCACUGAUGGAAAGGUAUAUGGUGGUGCUGUGUGUUUGCUUUCCUUGGAAUCUGUGGAAAAUGAAGGCUCGCGGGUUGCAGGCCCGGGCGUCGCCGAGCCCCGCACCCCGACCCCCGCAGCCGCUCCACCGCGUCCCAUAGCCCGCGGCACUGAGGAGCCGCCGCAGUCGCGAACCGCCGCGGGCGCAGGCCCGCGCGGGGGUUUCCAUCCAGCGACCAAUACCCGGGAAUUCCCCACCUGGCCACACAAACCCCGCUUCCUCCACAUUUCCGCCGCCGCGCUUCAGAGAGCCUACGGCGUGAGGUUUGAACCGCUCCUCCAGCACCAGGUCACAGCCCACCUUCACCUUCCCUGCCCGUACGGAACCCCUCAGCCGCGCCCGAAAGAGCGCGAAGGCACUCGGCAAGUUCCGCCCGCAGUGCGGGGGCGGGGCGGCCCGAGCGGCUCCGGGCGGCGCUCGGCUGUUUCCGUGCGCGGCCGCUGCGCACUCGGCACUGGGCGGCGCUGGCUGGCUCCCUGGCUGCGGCUCCUCAGUCGGCGGCGGCUGCUGCUGCCUGUGGCCCGGGCGGCUGGGAGAAGCGGAGUCGAGAUCCGGGCCGCGAACGAAAGCAGUGACGGAGGCGCUUGUACCACCGGUAAGAGGAACAGGAGGAGGAGGCAGGAGCCGGAGAGAGCCGGGGGGACGCAAGGGGGACGGGGAGGCGCCGGACGCCCGCGCGCGGGGCCUUCCCCUCGCAGGAGGGGCCGCGGUAAAGAUGGAGCCUCCGCCCGAGCCCCACAACCCCGCCGCCGCUCGCAGCGAACAAAGGAUAAUGGCGGCGGCCUGGAGCCAGCGGCGGCCGGGCGGCAGCGACUCUGCCUGCAGCCAGCGGCGGCGCU